AUGACGCCCUAUCCCACGAUCAGCGCGGUGGGCGCCGCGGUCUUCAACAACGAGGUCGACGUGGGAGUGGUCCCCAUUGAAAACAGCCUGGAGGGGUCGGUCACGUUCACGCAGGACUUGCUCAUCGCCCAGUCCGGCCUAUCAAUCCAGAACGAGGUGGUGAUUCCCAUCGACCAUUACCUGGUUGCGUCGCCGGGCGUGGCGGCCGAAUCGGUGGAGGUGAUUUACUCGCAUCCGCAGGCGCUGGCCCAGUGCCGGGAAUAUUUGGAAGCACGCUUUCCCGCGGUUCUCCGGGAAGCUUCCCUGAGCACGGCGGCCGCCGUGGCCGACAUGCAGGGCAGCCGGGUGCCGGCGGCGGCGAUCUGCCCCCAACGGGCCGCCGAGAUCUACGACGUGCGCGUCCUGGACAAGGGGAUCCAGGACAACACCACGAACCAGACCCGGUUCGUCGUCCUCGCUCACGCCGACCACGCCCCCACCGGCCACGACCGCACGUCCAUCUGCUUUUCAUUCACGGUGGACCGACCGGGAAAUCUGUACAGCACCAUUGGCGAAUUCGCCAGCCGGGACAUCAACCUGGUCAAGAUUGAAAGCCGGCCGACCAAGCAGGAACUGGGCAGGUACAUCUUCCUGAUCGAUUGCGAAGGCCACCGGCAUGAGCCAGCGGUGGCCGCCGCGCUGGAUGGGCUGCGCCGGCGCACUGACAUGCUGAAGAUAUUGGGGUCUUACCCCUUCUGGGAACCCCGCGUCGAGUAG